AUGAAGCGCCGCAUCACCAUCAAAGAGUUUCUCCACAAACAAGUACUACUAGUGGGCAUUUUAGCGUGCAUUUUUGCGGCGGCGGUUCACCCGGAAUUCGGCUCUCGACAAGGGCCCCUUUACACCGAAUACUCCGUCAAAUACGGCGCCGUUUCCCUCAUUUUCUUCAUCAGCGGUCUUUCCCUGAAAACCGAGCUCAUUGAACACACAUUCCACCACUACAAGUUGCAUUUAUUUAUUCAGUCUUUCACGUUCAUUUUGAUACCGACUUUCUCGCAUUUGUUUGUUAGGUUUUUACACUUUUUUGGAAUAAACUCGUGGGUUUUGAAAGGUUUGGUAACCGUAGCAUGUAUGCCACCUCCAGUCUCGAGCGCUGUCAUCCUUACACGAUCGGCGAAUGGGAAUGAAACGGCUGCGAUAUUCAACUCGGUGCUUGGUAGCUUCUUGGGGAUAAUAAUAACUCCGUUGUUGCUGUUCUUGGGGUUAGGGUAUACAACGUUGAUUCCGUUAUUUGGGACAAUCAUCCAACUUAUAACAACUGUACUCAUACCGUUGACUCUGGGGCAAGUGCUACGGAAAAUCACAGGUCUCAAGAGGCUCCACCCGGCGCUAAAUACAUUAAGCCAAUGCGCCCUCUUAUUUGUACUUUACACCACGUUUUGUGACACUUUUAAGACACCUGAACCACAUAUCGAAGCCCUUGAUGUUCUAGCAGCAGUAUUUUCAGUAGUUUUAAUGCAAAUGAUUCUAAUGGGGCUGAGUUACUCCCUUGCACAAUAUUACAACAGCGAUUUCUCCUCUCAGGACAUUAUAGCUAUCAUGUUUUGUUCGACUCAUAAAUCAUUGACACUAGGCAUUCCUAUUUUGCGAAUUAUGUUCCAUGGGUAUGCCCAUUUAAGCCAGGUUAGUUUACCAUUGCUGGUGUACCAUCCCACGCAGAUUAUUCUGGGAGGGAUGAUGGUGUCACAGUUGAAGGAUUGGGUGCACUUGGACCGAUCAGGGAAUAGACCUCCAGUUUAACAUAACCCAAUUUUUUGACAAAGCACAACACUAAUUUGCCGGUUUUAUGUUUUCUGUGAUAUGAAACUGAGAUUUUAAGUAAUUUUAUUGUUUUUGGAAGUUUGAAAGUGGAAUUUGGGUGAUUUUUGAAAUGGCAGUUGUGACAGACAUGGCUGCCCAUACCAACCUAAAUCUGGUGAACGCGAAAUUACACUAUACACAACUUGAGUUACAACAAUUUAACAAAAAUAAAUUGUUUGAAAGUCUAAAGUGUGUGUAGGAUAGAAGUGGUGUGAAUUGCGGUGUUGUUGGAUCAUUCAAACAUGAAUAGACUUUAUUGCUUCAUAUUGUUAAAGACGCAUAAAAACACUACUCAAAUAAAUAACUAGAUAUUUAUUUUACAA